GGUAUUUAUUCGGCCGAUCGAAGGGAGUGUGAGCUUUUAUUUUUAAUAUAUUGAUUUUAUAGUUGACUAUUUCACAUCGACAGCCGGUGGGGACAAAUGAUUAUUUCAAAGCAAGUGAAUUUGGUGAUGCCUAUCGCCUAGGCUGCUCUUUAUAUAUCUAAACACCUUUUCACGUCUCCUAUAAUUAUAGCAGAGGUCUCAGCCAUGGAGAAGCAAGCAACAAGCAAGGUCUGCUGCGUUACUGGAGGUUCUGGAUAUUUAGGUUCUUGGCUUGUUAAGAAGCUCCUCCAUAAGGGCUACACUGUCCAUGCAACCCUACGAAACUUAGAUGAUAAAUCGAAAGUUGGGUUUUUGAAGUCCCUGCCUGGCGCACACACCAAACUGGUUUUAUUCCAAGCUGAUAUCUACAAUCCCGACGAGUUCAAACAUGCAGUUCAGGGGUGUGAAUAUGUGUUUCAUGUGGCUACUGCAAAGCAAACAGGCGACAGUCAAAGCUCACAGGUUAAUAACUAGUCUCUCUUAGUCUUUCUUUUUUUCAAGUUAGCUUAGCUGCCGGCAGAUAAUCAUGGAUUUGUUGAUUUACAUAUGCAGAAAAUCAUUGAAGCAACGGUUUCAGGUGUGAGGAGCAUCGCCGAUUCCUGCCUCAAAUCGCCAAGCGUUAAACGACUUAUCUACACGGCUUCGGUUAUCGCAGUAUCGCCAUUAAUGAAAGAUGGGUUCAACGUCAAAUCUUGCGUGGAUGAAUCGUAUUGGACUGAUGUUGAUGUUGCAUCAAUCCAUGGCCUUCAAUAUAUGCGGACAUAUACUAUAUCGAAAACCUUAGCGGAAAAAGUGGCAUUGAGCUAUAACGGUGAAGCUAAUGUUAAUGGCGACAAGCUCGAAGUUGUGACUCUUCCUUGUGGGCUUGUUGGAGGGGAGACUCUGCUUUCAUUCGUGCCUUCAAGCGUCGCGGCCUUGUUUUUGCCGCUUACUGGGAACUCAUCUACUUUGGUGGCCUUACAAUACAUGGAACAGCUUCUGGGAUCGGUUCCUAUAGUUCACAUCGAUGACGUUUGCGAUGCCCAUAUCUUCUGCAUGGAGAAACCCACCAUGGCCGGCAGAUUCAUCUGUGCCGCAGCUAAUCCAACCAUAAGACAAAUCGCAGCCCAUUUUCGAGAAAAUUAUCCAAAAUACCAGAUACCAGAAGAGUUGAUGGGGGAAGAAAAGGAAGGUAUCACAUGGGACAACAGCAAACUGGUGAAGAUGGGAUUUGAGUACAAGGAGGACAUGGGAAAAAUAUUGGAUGAUAGUGUAAAAUGUGGAAUGCGACUUGCAGCUGUGGGCUCUCUCUGUUAGUGAUGUUUUGUUGUUUUAUACGUAUAUGGUGAAGCCAUCACUUAUUAGAUUUCGGCAGAGACACAGGAAUAAUAAAAAAACUGUAUCAAUGUUUAUUAGAUUACAACAUUCCUACCAUCUCGGUGAAAAUGAAAAA